CUCAGUCAGGCAGCCAUGCCACCUCCAAAAAAGAAAAAAACAGAAAUUCGAUCUUUGGAAGUUCUACCACCUGCACCACCUCCUCCCCCACGUCAAUUGUCUGAGGUGGAGAAGCAAAGGAUGGAGGACCAUGAAGAGAACACUUUGCGGGAGCUGAGACUGUUCCUCAGGGAUGUUACCAAGCGGCUGGCCACAGACAAACGCUUUAACAUCUUCAGCAAACCGGUGGAUAUUGAAGAGGUCUCAGAUUACCUAGAGGUUAUCAGAGAACCCAUGGACCUUUCUACCAUCAUGACCAAAAUCGACAAGCACCACUACAUGACUGUGCGGGACUUCCUGUUGGAUGUGGACCUGAUCUGCAGCAACGCAUUAGAGUACAAUCCCGACAAAGAACCUGGAGAUAAAAAAUCAUCAGGCACCGCGCCUGCACACUGAAAGACACCGCACACGCCAUCAUUGCUGCUGAACUGGAUCCUGAAUUCAACAAACUGUGUGAGGAAAUUAAAGAAUCCAGAACCAAGCGAGGUUUGUCAGUGACUUCAGAGCAAGUAAAUCCUCAAAGUUCCAUGGCCCGGAAGGCAGAUACUGGGGGAGAGGAAGCAUUACGGAGCAAGCACGGGAUGGCACUGGAUGUCGGGAACCACUCUGGAACAAAAUGUGUUUUCCCAGUUCGCCGGAAGCAACGCCGUCGCUCACAGUGGGGUCGUGGGAUAAUUAAGAAGAAGAAGUCCAACUAUUGUUUAAAGAAAGAUGAGGAUUCUAAGUUCCGAGAUGAUGAGGAAAAUGAUGACCCAUUAGAAAAUGGUGAUUGCCUGGAGGAAAACGGAGAAGAGACUGGAGACCACUCCAUGACAAAUGAUGAGUCCUCUUGUGAUGUGACAGAUGGAGACGUGGAGCACCAGAACGGGAUACUUGGCAAGGGCAGCAGUUUGGAGUCCGCAGAGGAAGAAAGCUCCAAUGAAUCCAUGUUGGUCAAUAGCAACUCAGCACUGGAAAGCAAAACAAUUACUGCCAAGAACCAGCCUCUUGCCACAGACUAUUUAAACGGAAACUCUUCGUUGGAUAGCUUAGAAAGCACACCUGUAUCUGCUUUCCAUAAUGGGAAGAGGGAAAACAAUGCCCUUGCAACCACAGACAAAGAUUCAGAGACUAGAGACCCCCCAGUUAUUGAAUUGGUCAACUGUCACAACUCUAAAAUUCAGCAUAGUAAUGAAGCACCACAGCUGAUAUUAGCAGCUGGUCCGCUUAACCAGCAGGAAGCAAUGGAGAGAGGAGAUGAGCCAGAAGGUAAUCCAGGCAGCAAAAUUCUACACAAGGACCUUUAUUUGAAUGAGAACCAUGACCCAGAACCACCUUUGAUUGUUGACCACAACAAACUAGAGAAACUGCUUAAUACUGUGGUAAAGAAGAGCUGCAAUCUGACAGUGGAUGAAUUGGAGAGGUGGUACUCUGUCCUCAGCCAGUGUAUUUACAUCCACAGGAUGGAGUAUGACAAAACUGCCCUAGUCGAGGAGAUGGAAAGGACAGUUGAGAAGUUUCAAACAUUCCUGUGA